UCAUGACAGAUCAAAAUUUUGCAUUUUGACUAUGAUUACUUUUGCGAAAAUAGAGGUCAAACCGAGAAAACUUAAGUCAUUUCAUUGACAUACACUAGCUGUAUAUAAAACCAUUGGUUUUAUUUAAAAGUGUUAGUAUUUCACGGAAAGCAACGCAUUUAAUUUUUAUUUGUUUGUUUAUUUUGCUCAAAGACAGAUACGUUGCUCGCACUUUGUCUCAUUUAUAAGACAUGGCCAAUAUUAAAAGUACAACUAAUAAAAGGCCAAAUAACUCCACAGAAAGUCUCGUUCCUGUAAUGUUCUCAGUUACCACUGUGUAUAAGGUGUCCUCAAUUGAUCUUGUGUAUCUUGUGGUCUUUAGUAGGCAGGAUGUAUCUGAACCGGAAAUCCUCACUUGCAGGUGUUUUGUCUUAUUAUUAAAUACUUGUGAAAUCAAAAUUUCAAAUAGCACAUGUCAAUAGUAAUAGUAAAAUAAAUACGUAGCAGAAAAACCAUUGCAAAAUACCAGCUAGAAAAGGGGGUUCCCAUUCGCCUGUGUUACGUUAGAGGACCCAACUUGAAGGUUCUUACGCGUAUGUGUGUGUGUGUGUGUGUGUGUGUGUGUGUGUGUGUGUGGUUCUGCCAAACUGGGGGCCUGCCUCAGAUACGCAAGUCGUAAAAUGGGGACCUCAAAUAGUCUGGGGACUUGAUUUAAGUCCCCAUAUUUUUUUAUUGCUUAAAUCAAAAAAAUAGAAUGUUCUAAACCUAAAAAAUAUCGAAAAGUAUCUAGUCCCAUUUUCGGGUUUUCAUCAGACAUGUGAUUACACAGAUACCGUGCGGAUUGUAGUUGCCAUCUUCACUUACGCACCUCUGACGAUACACAUGUUCGAAAUGCGCAUGCGCGUGUGUAUAGAAAACGGAAAUGCCAUUUUGUUGAAGCGGGGGAAAAGUAUGUCGAGAAGAAGUCGAAGGGAACGGGGAAGGCCAGGUCAACAUGGUCAAAGAAUCAUUGACCGGGAUGCCUUUUAUAUUAAAGAAACUCCGAAUAAAGGAAGAGGUGUAUUUACAAAGAAAGAAUUUGGACAAAAUGAAUUCCUAUUACCGUAUGAAGGAGAGUUAUUAGAGAAAGAACCAGAUGUAGAUGACACAUAUAUUUUUGAAUUUACAUUCAAAGGAAAGCCUUUUUGGGUUGAUGCUUCAAAAGAAGAUGGAUCAUUUGGACGUCUGUUAAAUGAUGAUCAUAUCCAUCCAAAUUGUAGACCAAAAGUGAUGGAGAUUGAUGAAAAGCCAGCCAUUUGUUUUUUCUCUCUAAGGCCAUUAUCCUCUAAUACAGAACUGGUAUAUGACUAUGGCCCAGGCAACAUCUAUCCUUGGAGAGGAAAGUUCGGAAUGCUACGGAAUCACCAGAAAAACUUAACAGCACUGUACCCUGGAAUGCCACAGAUUCUCUAGAAAAACCUGACAGCUGUGUACCUGGGAGUGCUACAGAUUCUUCAGAGAAGCCUGACAGCAGUGUACCCGGGAAUGCCACAUAUUCUCCAGAGAAACUUGACAGCAGUGUACCUGAGAAUGCCACAUAUUCUCCAGAGAAACUUGACAGC